CUCUCGUACUAUCUAUAUCACCCUUUGAAUCAUAUCCGUACUUCACAGUAUGAAAACAAAAUACUGAAAAAAAGAAUUAUAAAAAAAUACUGAAAAACUGAUUUCGUUUAAAUUUUUGUCGUGGACUGUACACAUAAUUUCAAUUAUUAUUCAUACGAUACAAAAAUUACUUUCAGAAGAACUAGUACAUCAUCAUCAAGUUUCAAACAUAUUUUCUUCAUCAAUUUUCGCAUCAAAUGAAAAUCAAAAUAAAGAAGAAAUAAUAAUAAUUUGGUAUGAUAAAAAUAUUGAUAUUUAUAAUGAUACAAAGAAAACAGUUGAAUUAUUACAACAAGUUAAUGAUUAUGUUGUUAUAUGUUCAAAUCUUGAUAUAUGUUUAGAAUAUAUUAAUCAAAUUAAAAUAGAAAAAAUUUUUCUUAUCUUAUCAGAUCAAAGUAUAAAUGAAAUGAUUGAUAAAGUCCAUGAUUAUGAACAAAUAGAUUCAAUUUAUAUCUUUGGUAUAAAUAAUAUCAAAUAUGAACAUUAUUUAAAAGAAGAUCAUGAGAAAUAUUAUAAAUUAAUUGGAAUAUAUACUGAACAUGAAACAUUACUAAAAGUUAUACAAGAAAAUAUUUAUUAUUUAAUUAAACAAUCACAAAUUACAAGUUUAUUUGAACAAGAUGAACGAACAAUGAAAAAUUUAAAUAGUGAAUUACAUGAUUUUAAUACAUUUCGUGCAUUUAAAUAUGUUUUAUUGAAAACUAAUUAUGAUCAAGAACAAGAAAAAAGAGAAAUGUUAGAAAUAUGUCGAAAUUAUUAUCGUGGAAAUAAAAAAGAAUUAGCAAAUAUCAAUGAAUUUGAACAAACUUAUAAAUCAACUAAUGCUAUUUAUUGGUAUACACAACCAACAUUUAUUUAUCGAUUAAUUAAUAAAGCUCUAAGAACUGAAGAUUAUGAAUCAUUAUUAAUUUUUCGAUUCUUUAUUAUUGAUCUAUGUAAAAAUCUUCAAUUGAAAUAUGACGAUUUAAAACAACAUCAAGAACAAUUUGUGUCAUAUCAUGGUUUGAAUCUAUCACCACCUGAAAUUUACCAUCUUAAAUAUAAUAUUGGUAAAAAUAUUGCUACAAAUGGAUUUCUUUCAACGAGUAGAUCAAAAGAUAUAGCCAAUACAUUUGCUAAGAAAGGAACAAAAUGUUUAGGUGUAGAAACUGUUAUCCUUGAAAUUCAUGUUGAUACAACAAAAUUAACUACAGCACUAGUUGAUAUAGCUGAAUAUAGUGAUUAUCCAGAAGAACAAGAAGUUCUCUUUGAUUUAGGAACAUCGUUUACUAUAGAUAAUGUCACUUAUGAUGAAAAUGAUAAAAUAUGGUUAGUUAAAUUAUCUUCUGUAUCUAAAGAAGUUUUGAUGAAUGAUAUACAAACAUUACUUAAGGAAUGUAGAGAAACGGAGAUGAAUUUAUUACUUGGUGAAUUAUUAGUAAGAAUGGGAUAUUAUAAUAAAUGUCGAAAGUAUUUAGAAAAUCUUUUCAAUUUAUAUGGAAACGAAUACGAAUAUGCGGCUAAAAUUUAUGAACUUAUCGGUUGGUCGUAUGCUGAUGAGAAGAAAUAUGAUCAAGCAAUAUUGAAUUAUGAGAAAGCAUUUGAUCGUUACUUAUCAUCUAAUCAAUGGGAAGAUGCUUCGAAAGUGACAAAUGAUAUUGCUACUUGUUAUUAUGGAAAAGAAGAUAAGGUUAUGGCUCGACAAUAUUUUGAAAAAGCCUACGACAUAUUGAAGAAUAAAAUCAAUCUACCAGAUAAUCAUUGUGUAUUUGGUUUUAUAAUGAAGGGUUUUGGUAUUUUAGAUAGUGAUAAUAAUAGUGAAAUCGCACGUAAUUAUUAUAGCAAAGCAUUAGAAAUUUAUCAGAAU